AUGUUAAUAUUAAGCCACAGAAUUCUUUACUUUUCAUCAGAUAUUCUUAAAUCUUCAGAGAGUGAAGACGUCGCAUUAGCAAAUAAAAAUAACAAACAUUUUCUUGGUAAACCGGCUCUUCUUGGAUAUGUUGCUGGUGUCGGUAGAGGGGCCACUGGAUUCACAACUCGAUCAUUGACCCAGCUCGAGAUGCUUAUGAUGUUUCAGAUGACAGACAUGCACCACCAACAAAACAUAAAAAGAAAAAUGAAGACGAAGACGAUGAUGAGUAUUUAA